AUGAUGUCGUACGAUUAUCCACAUCCAGUUUCCAGGACUUAUCAGUACAAAAAGAUAACAAAACCAGCGUUGGAGAGAAAGAGACGAGCUCGAAUGAACAAAUCCGUCGAGCAACUUAAGAAUCUCAUGAUUGAUGCGCUAGAGACCGAGGCCGAAAACAUCAGUAAACUCGAAAAAGCCGAUAUUCUGGAGCUGACAGUACGUCAUAUACAGAGACUCCACUCAUCCCAGUCGUCGGGGCUAUCACCAGUGGUAUCUCAGAACGAGGACCCCACUGCCGAGAGCCGAUGGCAAUCGGGAUUUGGUCACUGUGCCGCCGAGGCCUGCAGAUACCUCGCAGCAUUGCCCGGUGAAUCGGGUGAAAAAUUGGCGAGACACUUGGCGUCGGGACUCGAGUCGAUGCGCAAAUUAAAUAUUCAGAUUAUACCAAAAGAUGAAUUGAUGUCUCCAAACCCAAUAGCCUCUCCCCACCUGACCCUCACCCCAGCGGGUCCUCCGUCCCUGGAGAUGCCAUCCCCCUCGAUGGCCUCCCCCCAUCGCCUCUCCCCCGCGCCACCCCUCGUUAAUGCCCCAGGAAUCCCCUUCGAGCCCGCGCCCAAGAAAUUGUGCAAUCCACGGGAGAGGAGUGAGCCACAAACACCGAUGCCCACGGAGGACGAGGAGGAAAUAGACGUGGAAGGGGUCGACGAUAACGACCCCAUGUGGAGGCCCUGGUAA